AUGGAGUCAUCAUCAAUGACGACAAAUAAUAAUAAUAAUAAUUCAACAAUAUCACCAUCAUCAUCAACUACAUCAAUAUCAACAAGUAAAAAUAAUGAUUUUUUAACAUUACAUAAAGCAUAUAUUGAUGAAUGGUUAAUGGUUAGUUUUUUACCAAUAUUAAAGACAACUUAUGAUGGAGAGAAUAAUUUCUAUGAUAUCUCCAAUUUGAAUAUAAAGAAUGUAAACCAAAGAAAUAUACCAUUCUCUGAACAAUUAUUUGCAUUAGAUCGUCAAUUUCAAAAUUUAAUUAAUCAAUGGGAAAAGUUAUCAAGAUCAGAUCAACAACGUGCAGCAAAGAUUGAAAGUUAUCAACAAUCAUUCUACACAUUCAUCGACCGAAUUAAAUCAACACUCGAGAAAACCAUGGUGGAAUUAGGUGGUUCUUUAGAGGACUCCAAUUUCUUAGCGGCAGCAAUCUCGUUGAAAGAGAAACAGUCCAAGAAUAAACGAUUGACCAUUAUGGCAAGAUCACGUAUAUCACCUGGUGGCACCUCUUCAACUCAGUAUCAACAUCAAAUGCAUCUAACUGGUCCGAUCUCAAUAGUCUGGAAUGAGAUAUUAAUAAUCAUCACUCGUAAAGUUAAUGAGGAGGUCGUCAGAUUACAAACUGAAAAUAUAAAUAACAAUAUCAAAAAUAUCAAUAACUCUGAAUUCAAUAUCACCAAUGACAUCUAUCAAUUCAAUAAUAAUAAUUUAACACAAGCAAAUAAACUUGAAAUUAAUAAUCAAAGACAAAAACUAUAUCAACAAGCUUUAUCAAAUAUAGUACCAAUGUUAUUCGAAUGGAGAAUUAUGAUGGCAAAUGCUCAAAAAGUUAUAAGUGAAGAGAAAAGAUUUAAAGUUAAUCCAUUCAUACCAACUACUGUUUAUGAUCAUAAUUCUUCAUCUUUUAUUUCUGCUCCAAUUUUAAUUAGUACAACCAAUAAAACUGCAACAACACUUUUAAAUAAUUUAAAUAAUAAUAAUAUUAUUAAUAAUAAUAAUAAUAAUAAUAAUAAUAAUAAUAAUAAUAAUAAUAAUAAUAAUAAUAAUAAUAAUAAUAAUAAUAGUAGUAGUAAUAGUAAUAAUAACAAUAACUCACCAAUUUCAAAUUCACCUUCUUCAUCUUCACCUUCACCUUCUUCACCAACUUUAACGAAUAGGCCAAGUUUUAUAAAUUAUGAUAAUCAAAAUAAUGAAAAUAAUAUAAAUAAUAAUAAUAAUAAUGAAAAUAAUAUAGGCAAUAAUAAUAUAAAUAAUAAUAAUAGUAAUGAAAAUAGUGAUAAUAAAUUUAGCGAAGAAAUUAAUAUAUCAUCAUCACCACCCGGAACUAGUGGUAUGACAAAUAGUACAAGUAAUUUACCAACUAUAGCAUCACCAACAUCUUGGACUAAAGCUGUAAAAAGACCUGCUAUGAGUAGUUCAGGUGGAAAUAUACCAAUUUUAAAUAAUUUAGGUACAUCAUUAAAUAAUAAUAAUAAUAAUAAACAAAUUCAAGAUAAUAAUAAUAAUAAUUUAAAUACUAUAAACGCAAAUAGUAAUGGUAAUAAUAACAAUAGUUCAAAUAAUGUAAAUAGUGAAAAUAAUAAUAUACCAACAGGUGGUAUAAUUAAACAAGGAUGGAUGAAAAAGAGAGGAACUAAAAAUAAAUCAUGGAAAAAGAGAUACUUUAUUUUAGAUAUGAAAAAAACACUUAGAUAUUAUAAGGAUAAUAGUAAAAUUCCACAUGGUAACAAUAGUAAUAAUAGUGGUGGUGGUAGUAGCAGUAAUAAUAAUAAUUGUAAUAGUGGUAAUAAUAAUAAUGGAUUAAAUGGUGGGAGUGGUAAAGGUGAUCAAGUCAAUGGUAAUAAUAUCUCAUUACCAAUUGGCAAUAACCCUCAUUUCCAUAGUAGUAGUGGUAGUGGAAUUCCAACUACAUCACCAUCAAUGUCCUCCUCCUCAACCUCAUUAGAAAAUAAUGAUAUCCUAAGUAGUUUCGAUCAUUUGAAAUAUAAAGGUUCAAUUGAUCUAUAUACAUCUUUGGUUGUUGCAAUUAAACCAAGCACAUUUAAUGUAAAUAUAAACAAUAGUGGUAGUUUUAAAGAAGAUAAUAAUAGUUAUUUUGGUAUGGAUAUUAUUACACCAAGUAGAACAUGGAACUUUUGUUGUGAAUCUUCAAAGUCAAUGGAAGAUUGGUUAAUAGUUUUAAAAAGUGCAAACAAAUAA